AUGAGUGAUCAAAUCCAGUUCAUUGUUGAGAAGCUCAAUCAGGAGCCCUUCAAGAAGAACUACAAUUUAAUCACGUUUGACUCCUUAGAGUCGGUGCAGCUGUUGCAGCUGCUCAGUGAUGUGCUGGGGGAGAUUGACCCGAAGCAUGCUGUUGACAUUAGAGAGGAGCUGCCAGAGAAUACAGCUAAAAGAAUGUUGACUCUCCUUGGUAUCCUUAAAUACAAGCCUCCAGGAAGUGUAACAGACCUGAGUGCAUUUCGCCAAGGGUUGGUUACAGGAAGCAAACCUGUAAUUCAUCCUGUCUUACACUGGCUUCUUCAGAGAACCAAUGAACUCAAGAAGAGGGCUUAUCUGGCACGCUUCUUAGUAAAACUGGAUGUGCCAGUGGAGUUCCUACAGGAUGAUACCGUGGCUGACAUCAACAAGCAGUAUGAAGAACUGAUGGAAGCAUUUAAAAACCUACAUAAGGAAUGUGAGCAGCUCAAAACAUCUGGUUUAUCUACUGCAGAAAUAAGAAGGGAUAUAAGUGCAAUGGAAGAGGAGAAAGAUCAACUCAUCAAAAGAGUAGAGCGUCUUAAGAAGAGGGUGGAGACAGUACAAAAUCAUCAACGAAUGCUUGAAAUAGCAAGACAGCUUCGCUUAGAAAAAGAGAGAGAAGAAUCUUUGGCUCAACAGAAACAAGAACAAAAAAAUCAGUUAUUCCAUGCAGAGCAGAGACUGCAAAGAGCACAGCUCCAGCUGAAAGAGAUGCAUCAUGCAGUAGUGGAUUCAAAACCUGAAAGUUUAAUGAAGAAACUGGAAGAGGAGAUAAAUUUUAAUUCAUACCUCGCUACUGAAAAAAUACCUAGGGAGCUUGAAAGUAAGAAGAAAUCAGUAUAUUUCCUACAAAAGGCAAUUGCAGAGCCAGCUAUGGGUCAAUCAGAUCUCAAUGUACUUGAAAGCAAGAUAAAUGAAGUAAAUGUACAAAUAAAUCAGCUUAUUGAGAAAAGGAUGAUGAAGUAUGAGCCAGUUGAUAGUAAACUUUCCAUGUAUCGCCAACAGGCAUCUAUAAUUUCCCGGAAGAAGGAAGCCAAGGCAGAAGAACUUCAGGCUGCUAAAGAAGAGAUGUCUAGCACAGAAAAGCAGAUGAUACAGAAGACAAACCAGGCCCAUGAGUUAGAUGGCUCUGAAGUUCUGAAGGGUGAUGAGCUUAAACACUAUGUUAAUAAGCUCCGGAGCAAGAACACAGUGUAUAAAAGGAAGCGACUGGAAAUAGCAGAAAUUACAGCUGAGUAUGGCAUCCUCCAGAGGACAGAAGAACUCCUAAAACAGCGGCAUGAGGCUAUUCAGCAGCAGUUGCAAGCUAUUGAAGACAAGAAAGGUAUUUCUGGAUAUAGUUACACUCAGGAGGAGCUGGAAAGAGUAUCUGCAGUGAAGAGCGAAGUGGAUGGAAUGAAAGGCCAAACACUAGACAACAUGUCGGAAAUGGUAAAGAAACUGAAUGCUAUGGUGGCAGAGAAGAAGUCGAGCCUAGCUCCUGUCAUCAAAGAACUGAGACAGCUGCGUCAAAAGUGCCAGGAAUUAACUCAAGAAUGUGAUGAAAAAAAAAUCCAGUAUGACAGUUGUGCAGCAGGGUUAGAGAGCAAUCGCUCCACACUGGAACAGGAAGUGAAGGGACUUCUCGAGGAGUGCACUCAGGAAGAAAGCAACUACCACUAUGUGAACUGCAUGAGAAAAAAUCUAGAAAUACAGCUGCAACGUGUUAAAGAAGAAAUGAAGAUAUAUGUCUCCCCAGAUCCACAGGAGAGACGAAAGGCAAUUCGAGAACAGUAUACACGAAUGAUCCUUGAACAAGAAAACCUUGGGAAGAAAUUACGAGAGAAGCAGAAGGUUGUACGGGAAAGUCACGGGCCUAAUAUGAAGCAAAUUAAAAUGUGGCAGGAUUUUGAGCAGUUAAUGGAAUGUAAGAGAGAAUGUUUUCUAAAACAACAAAAUCAAACAGCUAUUGGUCAAGUCAUCCAGGAAGCAGGUAAAGAUAGGCUUGUACUAUGAACUCUUCCUUCUUUAUACCAACAUCAAGUAAGAAGACUGUGGGUUGGCUUCUCAAAGGUAACCUCUUUGUUGCUUUCAUCAUUUCUAUAUGAAUUUGUUGUACAUUGUCUGUUUCUGGUGGAUAAAGUGCACCUAAACUAUGAAGUUGUUCGUCCAUUGUUUAAGUGACAACAAAACAUAGUUGGGAAGAUCUGUUAUGAGAUCUGUGCUAGGGUGAACCUCAUCAUAAAUCUUUGUUUUAGAAGGCUGGGAAUGGCAUGCAUCUGCAGGGAGAUCAAAGGAAAACAAAUCCUUUUCCAGGGUCACAGAAAACUUACGUAAUUGCUCUGCUCCUUAUUCCGUAUCACUAUGGUUAUAUUUUUGCAAGGUCUGGUACUUGAUAUUGUAUAAUUGUGGACCUCCUGGCUUGGCCCUCUCCUUCCCCAUUGUCUUUAUUCAUGUAGUGUGACUGGCAAGAAUGGAGCCAUUUUCACUCUGAGCUGCACAGACCUUGCUUGCACACUCCUACUCAUACUUUCAUUGCACGGUUCAAUUAAACUGAUUGUGCUUCCAGGAGACAGCUCAUUGCACUAGCGUCAGGACUGGGUUCUGAGAACAAUUACUUGGAUUCUGAGAUCGUUCCAUUAUCUCUUGUUGUUUUAACAACUCUAUAUUUCUUGCAUAUAGAAACAUAUACUUUUUUUCUAUUUUUUCUUAGCUGUCCAUGGGAAAGUGUUAACUGGUCCACUAAAACCUUUCUCUACUGAAGAUAUAUUGCUGUUCUGCCUGUGCAGUAUGGUUCCAAAGUGGUUGUGCUAGCUAAAGAGCGAUGCACCAGAGAUGGAGGGCUAUUGGUGAGCGUAAAUAUGGCACAGUGGUUCCUGCAUAAGGUAGGGUAUGAAGAACAGAUAGGCAAGGCUCCCUUGUAUUCAGGCUUUGACCUGUGGGCCACAGGCAACUGUCAUGGCCCUAAAAAUUGCAUCAUGAGACCUACAGCUAACCCAGGGUAAGAGGAAUGCAGAUGAGGCUUGAAACUGUCCUUCACGCUUCAUCAUUUCUGAUGAGCGCCUCUUAGUCACAAUCAAAAGACCAGAAGCAGAGAGAUAAGUCUGGGUGACGAGAGCUCCUGCUCUUCUUCUGUAGUCUCUUGGCUUAUUGAAUUUUUUUAUUUUUUCUGCCUAAACAAGAAUGGAUUUUUUCACUAAUAGUUUUUUUUCAGAUGUAAUUUGGAUGCAAGAAAUGAUUUAGUCUUCUCUGACACCUAAUUAAGACAUCCGCUGUUUUCUCUGUCAAAGGAGGGUUGGGUAACUGUACAAUUCCUAGUUUGUCUUUACAUUAAGUAUAUUUGCUAACAGAGCUUGAAUAAAAUCCAAUGACUACA